CCGCGGUGUUGUCCAAACAAGUGUCAACUCCACCCUCUGACCGGCACCUCCUAUGCUAUGGACGCAGCUGCCGCGGGAGUUGAAGGUCCAUUGCUUCCGGCUCCUCUCUUCCGAGACGAUCUUGGCGUGCAGCUGCUCCUGCCACGCAGAUGCCUUAGCCGUCGAUGCCGAGGAGCUUUGGGCCACCCUCUUCCAGCGCGACUGGCGCUGGCUGUGCACCGACGGUCUGGGUCCCGCGCGCGGAAGUGGCACUGCCAGGCAAAGUCACCGGCGGCUCGCGCGGAAAGCUCUCCAUUUCCACGCCGCCUUCGUGGUCGUCGGCGGUUGUGUGCGGCGAGGAGGGGAGGGGCGCCAUCAAGACGGAACGGUGCUCUCGGUUCUUAGUCCUGACGGUGAGGGCGGCAAGCUCUCCUGGCGAAGCUUCAACCGCCUGCCGCUCGCACGGCGUUGUGCCGUCGGAAUUUGUGCUGCCGGUGGCGCCGCAGGCGCCGGCAGCUCGCUGGUGCUCUGCGGUGGCUUCGACUUCUCGGAGGAGGUCCCGCUGGCGCAGUGCGAGGCCAUCGAGGUGUCGAAGCUCCUGAGCGGCGAUCCCGUCGUCCAGGCGUGGCCUUCCCUUCAGCGGCCCAGGGCUUGUGCAGGCCUCGCGACCGCAUCUGCUGAGGCAGUCAUGGCCGUGGGUGGCGGCAGCAGCAUGUUCACCGCGGCUGAAGCUUUCUGCAGCGUCGAGGUCUUCCGCUUUGGCGCUGGCCAGUGGCGACCGGGCCCUGCCUUGCAAAAGCCACGUUGCGCUGCGGGCGUUUGUGUCACAGCGAGUAGCCAAGCCUUUGCGGUGAGCGGCUACGCCGGCCACGACCUCUACGAGGAAUCCGUGGAGUGGAUCGACCUGGGCGGUGCUGAGGCCUUGCUGCGCGGCUGGCACCAGGGCCCGCGCCUGGCGCAGGCGCGCGCCGGGUGCGCGGCAUGCUUCGGGCCGGAUGGAUGCGUCUGGGUCCUGGGCGGUGGCUCCGACGAGUCCGCCAGCCUGGAUACCGUGGAACGCUUGGAUCCUCGGGAAGGUCGCUGGCAAGAGGCGCCUUUGAUGCCUGGUCGACGGCGCUGCUUCGCUGCCAGCUUCGGAAUCGAUCGUAAGCUCUACAUCUACGGUGGCUGGAACCGGGAACGCUGGCACGAAGAUAGUGCUGCGCGCUUGGACCUCCGAAAUCUUUGUUGGGAGACCUUGCCAUCUCCCUUGGGAGAGGCAGAGAGCAUCAUUCCUUACCAUUUCGUGAGUGGCUGUACAGCCCUGUAACGGCCGUAAUCGCAUCGCGCCCAGGCCCCCGCGCGAGGGUGGUGCGCGCGCGCCUUCGCGGUUUGUCCCUCACCCCUGCGGUCAAGAAGACCAGAGCAACACAGUGGAUGGAAAAA